AUGAUACUGCCGGAGUCGUUUAUGGAAGUCGUAACAGUCAGGAGAAUUGUGCCCUUGGCAAAAUUAUCUCUUGACUUGAAGAUUGAGUCAUCUGUAGUGGGUGUAGAUCUGGAAGGUAAACCCACUCCCCUGCUCGCAAGCGAAGUAACCCUAGCUGAAAAAGUGCUCAGAAAGGAAACGUGGAGAUUGAGGGAGAGCGGUGACGAGAAAUUCAAUGCCGUUAUAAAUCUGCACAAAUUUGAAUUACAGAAACCCACACAGAAAAGAGAAAUUUGCUUGCCAGAGAAGAUCUGCAUUUCAGCCGCUCCUGUCUAUAUCAAAGCAGAUGCUGUGGAGUCGGAUGUAGUGUGGACGGACCAUCACCUGCUCAAGACCCCUGAUCAGUACACGGUUGGCAAGAAGGUCAUUGCUGCCAACGCUGCGCCAGAAGUAAGGAUGAAGGCGGAGGAAAGUGGAGAUGAAAAGGUUCGACUGGCUGUGGAGCUGCUUGGAACGAAAGGAGGUGUUGAGAUCAGUGCUGUCGAUUGGCCUCUGCCUAACAAGGGUGAAGGUGUUGAAUUUGAGACGGAGGAGUUCGGUGAUGAACAUGCUGUGCUGUAUGGACAGAUCAACAACAAGCAGGCCGCCUAUGGUGAUGCCGACCUUAGCAAAUCUAUUCCUAGAAGCCACACGCUUUCCCUGAAGACCCUCGAAAGCAAAGAAGAGAAUCUGAACAUCUCAAGCGAGUUUGGCGUUCGUCCAGAAACGGAAGUACUCGACAAGCUGAUUCACAUUGCCGUCAAAGGAGACAAUACCACCCUGAGAUGCCUAGAAAGCGGAGAUGAGACCAUAGCCCUCGGACUUGCAUACGACACCUCACAUCAAUCCGAACAGACUUUGAACAAGUGGACAGACAAGCGUUAUGGUGGCGAUUACUACCUAUACACCAAAGCACCAGUAUUCGAAGACCGUAUGGCAACAAUGCUGCUGUCCCAGAAAGUACAACUCGAAAACAUUCACCACAAGCAGAUCCAGAGGGUAAAGUCAGAAAUCAACCUGAGAGUGACUGCAUCGACCACGGAGAACACCACAGCCAACCUUCACUACGACAGAUCGCUGCAGAAGGAGAAGGCGGUUACGAUGAGAUCUUGUCCGAACGUGGGAGAACCCUACAAGUGCAGAUUUGUGGAGAGUCAAGAAGACUUUGCAAACACUUACUACGACUUCACUCUUCCAGCUGCUGCUGGCACGAUUUCCCUAAUCCAGAAGGUCCCGCUCAUAACAGAAGGAGCUAAAUUGAGCUGUGAAGCUGCAGAAGAUGUACAAAUUGAGUCCAACCCGGCCCUUGGCAAAGAAGCUCAGUUCGCGGUUGCCUCUACCCUUGUCAAGGAUACCAACACGAUCCAGCCAGCUGUCUUGAAAGCCAAGGAGAGCACAAUGGAAAGCAUGAACUUCGCCACAAGUUUCAGCAAAUCCGACGAAAAGCUACAGGAUUCGCUCAUUCGCAAAGAGGUUCAUCGCGGAUCCGACAUCACUGUCACUAUGAAAGAAAGCCGCGAGGAGAAGCACACCUUGUAUCAGAAGUACGAGCAGGAGGCGAUGAAGGAAGCUGUGGAGGUGACAAGGUCCGUGGCCUGGUUUGGAGGACGGUUCCUGCUCAAUACCGACGCUUCGGAAGAACACGAGAUCAGUGCAACGAGGGAGAUGGAGAAGAAGCGAGAAGCAGUGGUUCAUUGCGAGCAGAAGACUGUACUUGCCCACAGGGCCGAGCCCCAACAGCUGACCACCAAAGCUGCUGGAAGCGAAAAUGUCAACGUCGAACAUGAUGGAAAGCACGAGAGCGCUAGCUACACGAUAGCAAAGAAGCUCACCGCUUCAAACACAGAAAGUGCUAUGAUGAGAGUGGAAGAGAGCGCGGAAAGCAUAGAACACAUCUAUCCAAUCUUUACUAGACCAAACGAUAAGUUCGAUUUAGAUCGGACCAUGCAGAUCGCACGCGACGGAGGAGUACAGACGCUCAACACGAAGGCCGCCGAGGACAAUGCGGAGACGUUCACUGCCGAUCUGGUCAAACCUAUCGUCAAGGAUUUGCACACACAAUUCAGCACCACAAUCGCUAACACCAUUGCACCAGCACAAUUGCACGCUUAUUCGACUAAAACUACAGAUUUGGUGGUCAGCCAGAAUCUGAUGCGUAGCGCUCAGCAGUUGUCGGAGAAGAGGACCUUCACAGCUGCUAACAAAGGACUUCCCGCAGCCUUUACGGCUACGGAAACUACAGAGAAGCAUAUAACUUCAGCCAUCAUUCUCAGAAGAGACGAUAGCCAUCACAGCGAAUCUAUCCUAGUCAAGGAUAAGCGCUACGGAGGAGCUGCCGAGCUGUCCGCGAAGUACACCACCGAAGUCAGCUCAACAAUGAGCGGCACCCUGCUUUGCCCCCGUCCUACCAACCUUUCUGCUCAAAAAAUUAUUGUCAUUGGUAACGGCAUUGGCCCAAUCAAACUCACUACCUAUGCUAGCUCAACCGAGCAACGUUUGGUGGACACUACCUGGAACCGAGAAAGUGCUCAAUACACUAUAGCGAAGAAGCUAUCCGCACCGAACACCGACCACAGUUCAAUCACGGUGAGAGAAGCU